AUGCCCCGUCUCCAAUGCCCCAUCCCCGCUGCAGAUCCCGGUACCCGAAGCUCUGCCCAAGGCCCCGGUGCUGCUGCCUCGUCCCAGCGUGUCACCCCCGCGGGGCAGUGCCCGGUGCCGGUGAGAGCCCCGCCUCGCCCCGCCCCGGGCCGCCCCCGCCGGCUUCUAUUUCUGCUAAUCCCGGCGGCGGGGCCCGGCGCUCGGCACCGCCGCUCCCGGACCGUGCCCGGCUCCGCAGCCAUGAUAAAGCGGUUCCUGAAGGAGGACUCUGAGGAGGCUGAGCUGAGCCAGCUCCUGCAGGAUUGCCCACCGGUUGCCAGCCCCAGGAAGGUGGAGCCCCCGGAGGGCUGGCAGGAGCCUGGACACCCCCUCUGCAUGGGCAGGCUCCCUCCUGACACGGACGAGAGGGAUGCCAGGAUCUUCUCCCGAUCCCAGCCCCUGGAUGUCCAGCAGCACAUCGCAACUCCCACACCCUCCAGCCCCAGCCGGCCCCGGAGCCCCUGGGGGCAGCUCGACCCCUAUGACUCCUCUGAGGAUGACAAGGAGUACGUGGGCUUUGCCACACUGCCCAAUCAGGUUCAUCGGAAGUCAGUGAAGAAGGGCUUUGACUUCACGCUCAUGGUGGCAGGGGAAUCUGGGCUGGGCAAGUCCACCCUAAUCAACAGCCUCUUCCUGAUGGACAUGUACAGGGACCGCAAGCUGCUAAAUGCUGAAGAGCGCAUCACACAGACAGUGGAGAUCAUCAAGCACAUGGUGGACAUUGAGGAGAAGGGUGUCAAGCUGCGCCUGACCAUUGUGGAUACACCAGGCUUUGGUGAUGCCGUCAACAACACUGAGUGCUGGAAGCCGGUGGCUGACUACAUUGACCAGCAGUUUGAGCAGUAUUUCCGUGAUGAAAGCGGCCUCAACAGGAAGAACAUCCAGGACAAUCGUGUUCACUGCUGCAUCUACUUCAUCUCGCCCUAUGGCCAUGGGCUCCGGCCCUUGGAUGUGGAGUUCAUGAGAGCCCUGCACCAGCGGGUGAACAUUGUGCCUGUGCUGGCCAAGGCUGACACCCUGACUCCGACAGAGGUGCAGCGCAUGAAGAACAAGAUCCGUGAAGACAUUGACCACUAUGGCAUCCGACUCUACCAGUUCCCCGAGUGCGACUCGGAUGAGGAUGAGGAAUUCAAGCUGCAGGACCAGGCACUGAAGGAGAGCAUUCCCUUUGCUGUCAUCGGCAGCAACACGGUGGUGGAAGCCAAAGGCCGGCGCAUCCGCGGACGCCUCUACCCCUGGGGUAUUGUGGAAGUGGAGAACCCGUCCCACUCUGAUUUCGUGAAGCUGCGGACAAUGCUGGUGAGGACCCACAUGCAGGACCUCAAGGAUGUGACGCAGGACAUCCACUAUGAGAAUUACCGCAGGCAGUGCAUCCAGAGCAUGACCCGCAUGGUAGUGAAGGAGAGGAACCGCAACAAGCUGACACGGGAGAGCGGGACAGAUUUCCCCAUACCUGUCAUACCCUCGGUGCCAGAUGCAGAGACUGAGAAGCUCAUUCGGGAGAAGGAUGAGGAGCUGCGGCGCAUGCAGGAGAUGCUCCAGAAGAUCCAGAAGCAGAUGAAGGACUCACACUAACUCAUUUUUCCUCCUCCUCCUUCUCCUUGUGCCCAAAAUCAGAAACAUUUGCAUCACUCUCCAUCCUACCCUGACCCUGCUGCAAGACACAGUACAACACUGACUGCAUCUGCCACCUUAAACUGCUGUGGUAUUGCCUUAUCCAACCAAGCAGCAACCAUCCCACGGGGACAGUGAGGGGACAAUAAACACAGUCUGGAGGUCCCCUGGCCUGGCCAGAUUGCUGCUCCCCUUGCCUCAGGCUGGGGACAACUUUGUCUCCUGAGCUUUGGCUUUCCCUGUUUCCCCCACAGCUCUGGGGAGAGACACCAGCUCCUCACGUUAUGUUUGUCCCUGUGUCAUCUCCGGCCUCUCUGCUUACAGCCUUUAUGGUAAGCUUGGCCCAGGCUUCAGGGAAGAGGAGGUGGAUGGGGUUAACUCAGCUGCCAUGCUGAGAGGAGGGGCUUUGGCAGGAGCAGUUCCUGAGUACUGCAGGUGAUCAAGGGGCUGAAGGGGCAGCCACUGUAAUGGCCUGGGUGGCAGCCGGCACUCAGACCCCCUUGGCUGCUUCCCAUCCAGCACUGGUGCAAGGACGAGCUGAAGCUCAGCAGUGUCCAGCCCUUGGACCUUGUCCCCUCCAAGCACUGCCCCUUGUCCCUCGGUGUUGGGAAGGGCGAUGGAUGGAAAGCACUGGGGAAUCGCAGUCCCCAGAGGAAGUUCCUAGAACCCUAAAUCAGACGCCAGGUCCCCAGCCUGGCCCCGUUUGAUGUUUGCCCUGUAAAGCAAUAAUGACUGUCCUGGUAGUGCUUCCUGACCUGCAGCAACAGCAUUAUCCCUCACUGGUGUUUCAGCCCCUGGUGCCACCUGUUUGUCUGCGGUGUCCCUGUGUGCCCUUAGGAUGGCUCUGUCCCAGCUGCUUCCCAGCAGAGCAUCACUGUGUCCCCCAAGGAUGUCCCCAUUUAUAUUGCUUCCCAGGAAGUCCCUGCUGUGUGUCCCCGUCUGUGUUGCUGCCCUGCAGAGCACUGCAGUGUGUCACCCCACAGGGUGUCCCCAUCUGUUUUGCUUUCCCACAGAGCACUAAUGUCAUGUGCCUGUGUCCUCCCUGGGAUGUCCUCACCCAUGUUGCUGCCCUGCAGAGCCCUGUGUCUUGUCCCUGUGUUCCCCCCAGGAUGUCUGUAUCUGCACUGCCCUCUGGCAAAGCACCACUAUGUGUGAGCCCUGGCCAGUGACUGUGGAGAUGGACCUGAACCCUCCCCUCCAGCCUUCUGCUCACCCCCCAGGUACAGGGAAAGAUGAAAGGGGAUGGUGAGGCUGCAGAGCAGAGGCAGAACCGUGAGCAGUGCGAUUGCUGGGGUCCCCUGGGUGGGUUUGCACCCAGGCAGCUUGGCUGAGGGGGGUUGUGUCUGCUCGAGGCUCAAAGUGGAUACUGCAGGGUGCUGAGGCAGCAUCCAGCAUGUGCCACCCAUGUGGCACAUGUGUCCCUGUGCCACUGGAGGGUCCCUUGACCCCCGUGGGCAGGGAACUCUUGGGCAGGGCCCCACAGGGUCUAUUGGCACUUUCCUUUUUUUUAAUCUUGCUAUUUUCUUACAGAAAUAUGUACCUUCGCAUGAUGGUCAUAGAGGCGUUUAUUAAAGGAUAAGCAGAGUAUAGGUUUAUAAAUUCUUAUAGAGCUAAUGGAA